AUGCUAUUUUCUAAAACUAUAACAAGGCGAUUUUUCUAUGGAAAUAAUAUCAGUCGUAAAGCAGGGUAAAAAUGCUGUCCUUAUGGAUAGAAUGGCAAACCUCUGAGCAAAGAAAAAGUUGAAGAAUUCAUGUAGCAAUAUAAAGAUCAGAGAGUAUGGAAGACUAAUGAAGACAUGACAGUAUUGACUCGUGAAUAUUACUUGAAGAACAUCUUUUGUGCAGUUGAAUUUGUGAAGGAUCUCUAUGAGAUGGAUUCUUUAACUACAAAGUAGAUUCCUAAUGUACAUAUAUUAGAUCAAGAUAUAGUCAAGGUUGAGUUGCACACUUAAAAGCUGAAGGGACUUAGUUAUAGAGAUUUGGAAUUAGCAACCAUAAUUGAUGGCUUUGAUCUUGAAAAAUAUAAAUUAGUGCCAAUUGAGGAUGGCUUUGAUACAAAGAGAACUAUCAGAAAAAUUAAAAUAGAUGAACAAGCUAAAUAAUUUGAGGAAGAGAUUGCAGCAACUGCAGGGGGUAAUAGAUUUGGCAAUAAAUUUAAAACUACUGACUUCGAGAAAAAUUUCAAGUGA